UUCAAUGAAUUAUCACUUCCACCAGGCUUGCCCGCCUUUGUGAAGCCUGCGACAGGGAGUCACACUUACGGUGUGAAGAAGGUGGAGAGUCUGGAGGACCUGAUGCGCGCCCUGCACGACCUGAAGGCGAUGGUGGAUGAACAUCCCGACUUCACGGCUGCUCCGAGUGCUCCGUUCUUCAGGGACUAUUUUCUGCAGUACCUGGACGUGGAGAAGUACCCGAUCGCCCUGCGCGACGUCGCCGUCGUGGAACCCUACCUGGACGCCGUGGCCAACUGCACCGUGGACGGGUGCGUCGUGGGGAGGGAGGUUGUACAUUGGCCGAUCACUGACGAGCUCCGUUUUGACGAUCAGGACGCCAAGUUCGACUGCAUCCUCUCUCCGAGCUCCGAGCCGGAGGACGUGCAGAGGCGCAUGCGCGAGGUCUAUGACGGCGUCAUGUCCAGGAUGCUCCAGUUCGGCUUCAACCACGGGUUUACAAACAUCGAGGUGUUCAAGAUGCGGGAUGGGCAGCUGAGGCUAUGUGAAGUGAACGCGAGAGGAUCGAAGCUGCUCCAAGCCAUCUACAAGGCGAGCCACUCCAACGUGAACCAGGACUGGGUGUACCUGUCCGCUGGGCGCGGUGUCCGGCCGGUCGGACCCACGGAGACCGGGAGGUACGGGAUGGGGUACCCUGUCAGGUUCGGGGCUCUCGACAAGCCGGGCAACUUGGUGGACUUCAACCAGGUGGAAAAGCUGAAGUCCCAGGACCCUGACGUCACCUUCAGCCUGUACCUGGUGGAAGGUCCCGACGAUGACGUCACCAGCUUUGCGGGCAGUGCCGGAAACUGCUUCCUGUUCGUGCACACGUACGGCGGCAGUCGGGAGGCCGUCAUCAACAAACUGGUGGACGUGUUACAACUCAUAGUCAAGAGGCCAGAGCUGCUGACAUACCCAGUACAUUAUGGGAUGUAAGACCUACAGAUGAUCUAUAGCAUUGUCUCACAAAGAUAC